GAAGAGGGCGAUACAAAUCAAAAUACGAAGAGUGAAUUAAACAAACUACAUGAAGGAGGAGGAAAAGAUGUGGAGAGGUGAGGAGAGAAUGGCCAAAUCAGGAGGACUGAGGUGUGAUCCGGGACACACAGGAAGUGAGGUGGAGGAAGGAAGUGAGAUAGAGGUAGACGAAGCUGACGCGGAAAAUGAGGGAAAUACAAACCAUGAAGAAUGGAAGAAAGUGGGUCGGAAAAGUAAGAAAAGAAAACAAAGAGAGUCUGACGGAGAAAGAGGAGCAGAGGAAAACCAAACACCAGAGAGGAAAGUUAUUCUGAGAUUUCAAACCCCAGGCGCAGUAAAUCCGUUGAAGAUUAGCAACGCCAUCUACAAACUAGUAGGAAAAGCGUCUCUGAAGCGGACUCCUCUCUAUGAGUUUCACAAAGCUCAUGGAGGAAAGAUGGUGGAGUUUGCUGGAUGGAGCAUGCCUGUGCAAUACACCGACAGCCACAUCAACUCUCACCUGCACACACGUCAGCAUUGUUCUAUCUUCGACGUCAGCCACAUGCUACAGACCAAAGUGCAUGGGAAGGACAGAGUAAAGUUCAUCGAGUCAUUGAUUGUUGGAGAUGUAGCAGAACUGAAGGACAAUCAGGGCAUGCUGUCUCUGUUCACCAAUGAUAAAGGAGGAAUCAUGGAUGACCUGAUUGUUACUAAGACAGAUCAGGGUUAUCUGUACGUGGUGUCCAAUGCUGGCUGUGCAGACAAAGACUCGGCUCACAUGGAGGCCAAACUGCAGGAAUUUAAAGCUGCAGGUCAUGAUGCUGAUUUUGAGUAUUUGGAGGAAAGUCUGAUCGCAUUACAGGGUCCAUCAAUGGCACAAGUGCUACAGGAAGGUGUCUGUGAUGACCUCAGAAAGCUGCCUUUUAUGACCAGUGUUUUAACCUCAGUGUUUGGCAUCCAGGGCUGCAGAGUCACUCGCUGUGGUUACACUGGAGAGGAUGGUGUUGAGAUUUCAGUUCCACGUGGAAGUGUGGUCGCAUUGACUGAAAAACUGAUGACCAAUAGUGAGGUAAAACUGGCUGGACUUGGUGCGAGAGACAGCCUCAGGCUGGAGGCAGGACUCUGUCUAUACGGCAACGACAUUGAUGAGACCACGACACCUGUGGAAGCAACUCUUGUCUGGACGAUUGGUAAGCGUCGGCGACAGGCAAAGGAUUUUCCUGGAGCUGAUAUCGUCAUUCCACAGAUAAAAGCAAAAACACAAAGGAAGAGGGUGGGACUGAUCUCAACUGGCCCUCCAGUCAGACAGCACACCCCCAUACUCAGCCCAGAUGGCAAAGUUAUAGGCGAAGUCACCAGUGGCUGUCCCUCUCCUUGUCUCAAAAAGAACGUCGCAAUGGGUUAUGUGGAGACGAGCUUUAGCAAAGUCGAAACACCAAUUCAAGUAGAGGUUAGAAAGAAGAUGGUACCAGCAGUGAUCAGCAAAAUGCCGUUCGUUCCCACAAACUAUUUCACUGGACGCUAAAGCUACUAUGAACUGAUUUAACUGUUCAGUAUUACAAGCUGAUUUAUUAGCCAAUUAGUCAGGGAUCAAUUUAUUUCUUACAUUUUAAACAAAUGUAGUCAUGCUGUAUGUCACCAUAAUAACAGUAGCACACACUACAUUAAAUAGUGUGUAAGUUAGUUGUGUUUGUCAGCAGUCGAGGGUAAAGGGCCUUGAACCAGCAAAUUUCUGAUAACUAGUCCAGUACCUUAACCACUAAGCUACCACUCCCCUAAAGCUACUAAUGCUACUAGUAAAACAUUAAUAUGAAAGAUGUAGUAGGAUGUGACUGUGCCAAGGGUCUUGUAACAAAGGACUGACCGAUGGUAAUUGUUUGUAUACAUAUCAGUGUUUUUUGACAUUAAUUAAUUUUAACCUUGUCAAUAAUUUCAAUUUUAUUUCUACUGAGAAAAUAAAGUUUUAUUAUUUCCAAACUCUUCUAAACUGUAAAACCAAACAAAUAGACCAAAAUUUGUCAACUCUGUACUGUAAUAUUUUUAUUAUUGUUGCAUCAGGUUUAUUGUAGAAUACUGAUAACAUAGAAAAUAAUUUAAUAAAGGUAAUAUUUGUAUUUAACAUUAA